GAGUAAGAAUUUUCGUUUUAGGUGUUUGAUCAUCAGAGAAUAUCAUGGUUCUAUCUUUCCAUGGCCUUUAAAGUCAACCAAGUGGUAGUCAUUCUAUUAAAGCAUCAGGCAUACCCAUCUCCCAUUCAUUUGUAAUCGUUCUUUAGAACCCAAGCUUCGCGAAAUACCAUUGAGAUCAAACCGACUCUCCCACACAGCCUAAUCAAAUUCUGAACCAUGAACACCAUGCGCAACCUCUUUCCUCACCCUCAAACUUUCUUCCCCAGCCGUUCUCGGCAGACUAGCAAUACUAGUAAGCCGUACCAUCGUGUUCCAGGAUGGUAUUACCAUCCCGAAUCUGCUUCUUCGCCAAUCAAAUUAUCGUCCGAGGAUGUGAGCUCUUCACGGCGACGACGACGACAGCAGAGUAACAGUUAUGAGUACAGUCCUAGCUUAUCAGCCAGGAAAGGCGAGAAGACAAGAAGCAGAAGGAGAGGUGAAGCGGAUUUUUCAAGACGUGGAAGAGCUGAAGCUUUUUCGAAACAAUACGGUGAAGGAAGUGGGGUGUUUGCAACUCCGCUAAAUGGAAGGAAGAGUAUUGAGAAUAUGGAAAGAGAGAGGGAGGUGGAAAUGGAAUUGGAGAUUCAGAGGAGAAUAGACGGGAUAACGGAAUUGCAGGAUGCAAUAUGUCGGGAACAGGAGAGGAUUGAGGAUGAAUGGAGGUUUCUUGAGAGGGCGUGGGAGGUGCUGGGAGAAAGGAGGGAUGCGGAGAGGUGGAGAGAGAGAGAUUUCAAAGAAUGGAUGUUGGCGGAAAGAAGCUUGAGUGAAGGGAGUGGUCGAGUUGGAAGCGAUCGCAGUGGUCAAAACGGUCGACAAUAUAGAUGGUGGAAUGAAGAGAGAUGGGAGGAUACGGAAGCUGGUAGUCCGGGUACGAGGGGAUUGUAUUAGAAGUAAAAGAGAGAAGAAUGAUAUCUGUAAUCUGCCAUCUCCGUAAGUAUAUGUUGCUUCUUUAGCAAAUCUCCCAUUCGAGAUCAAGAUUGAAUUGAUGGUUUCUGAUGACA